AUGGAUAAAGGCGAACAAAGGCGCAAAUGGGAGUACUGCUGGAUUGCUAUAUGUGUCACUUUGCUGUUCUUUUUCGGUACGCAAGUUUCUGCUCAGAUAAAAUUCCAUAUUCCAGAGGAAGUAAAAGAGGGCUCGGUUGUGGGAAAUAUUGCGAAGGAUUUGAGUCUUGAUGUCAGUACUUUAGUGGACAGACGGUUCCGCAUUGUUUCUGGAACAAACGGGGCUUUUUUUCAGGUAAAUCAGAACAACGGUGUCCUUUCUGUCCUUAACAAAAUCGACAGAGAGGAGGUAUGUGACGGUGUUGCUUCAUGCAUCCUAAAUUUAAAAACCGCCUUGGACAAUCCUCUAGAGAUUCAUUAUGUUGCUGUAGAAAUCGCCGAUGUUAAUGAUCAUAGCCCAUGGUUUCCUGAGAAAGAACAGCAGUUUGAAAUCGCUGAAAACACUUUAACUGGAGCACGCUUCGAGCUCCAGAGCGCCCGUGAUCCAGACAUCGGCACUAAUUCUAUUCGCACAUACGCGCUAUCAAAAAAUAACUAUUUUGGCUUGGAAAUGAGAGAUAAUACAGAAGAGGAGAAAACUCCCUUUCUAGUUUUACACAAGGCUUUAGACAGAGAGCAAAACGGAAAACAUAAUUUAAUUUUGACCGCAGUGGAUGGAGGAACUCCUCCAAGAUCAGGUACAUUAAACAUUACUGUUACAGUCCUCGAUAUCAAUGACAACCGUCCAAUAUGCAGUAAAGAUGUUUAUUAUGUUACACUGAGAGAAAACACACCCGUAGGCACAUCGGUAGUGCGUGUUAAUGCGACUGAUUUAGAUGACGGCUUUAAUGGCGAUAUAAUGUACAGCUUUAGUAAAACUAUUCGACGAAAAGUGCAUGACACAUUUACCCUAGAUGGUAUUACCGGUGAAAUAAAAAUUAAAGAACCUAUUGACUUUGAAGAGAAUGAGGUAUAUAGAUUAAACAUACAGGCCUCCGAUAAAGGGCAGCCGCCAAUGACAACUGAUUGUAGAGUGAUUAUAAAGAUUACUGACGAAAAUGACAAUUUUCCAGAUAUAGAGCUGACAUCACUUUCUAACGUGAUACCCGAAGAUUCACAACCUGGCACCGUUGUUUCUUUAAUUAGCGUCACUGAUAAAGACAUGGGAGUUAAUGGUAAAGUUAUAUGUACUGUCUCCAAUGAUGUACCCUUUGAGCUAAAACCUUCCGUUCAGGAAAACAUGUACUCAUUAGCUACUAAACAACUUUUAGACCGAGAGAUUGUUUCACAAUACGACAUCAUAAUAAAAGCCACUGAUUUAGGUCAGCCUUCAAAGUCCACAAUCAAAACGUUGACUGUUCAAGUUUCAGAUUUUAAUGAUAAUUUUCCGGAAUUUACCCAAAAUCCUUUGGAACUGUAUUUGUUGGAAAAUAACGUCCCCGGUGCUGCAAUAUUCUCCGUCACUGCGUCUGACAGUGAUAUAAAUGAAAAUGCGGCUAUAUCUUACCAAAUCCUUAGAAACACAGAUCAAUUAGGAUCGAUUAUUUCACAGAGUCGUACAAUAAAGAAUGAUUUGGCAACAUUCUUAAAUGUGAAUCCCGAAACAGGCAUUAUUAGCGCAUUAAAGAGUUUUGAUUUUGAAACAAUAAAAACGUUUCAGUUCCACGUACUUGCUACAGAUUCUGGUACUCCAUCACUAAGCAGCAACGUCACAGUGAAUGUGUUCAUUCUGGAUCAGAACGACAACGUUCCUGUGAUAUUAUAUCCAGUCAGCGCUAACGGUUCUGCUGAAGGUGUGGAGGAGAUUCCCCGCAAUGUCAACGCAGGACAUUUAGUGACUAAAGUGAGAGCAUAUGACGCGGAUAUUGGAUACAACGGCUGGUUAUUAUUUUCACUGCAGGAAGUGAGUGACCACAGUCUUUUUGGUUUGGACCGUUAUACAGGACAGAUAAGGACCCUUCGCUCAUUCACUGAAACAGAUGAUGCUGAACAUAAACUGAUCAUACUGGUCAAAGAUAAUGGAAACGUUUCACUUUCAGCCACAGCAACAGUGAUUAUUAAACUUGUUGAGCCCAAAGAAGCUAUUGCUGUUUCCGAUGUUAAAAACACAGUAACGGACUUGGAAGAAAAUAGCGUGACCUUUUAUUUGAUCAUUACCUUGUGCUCGGUUUCAUUUCUUUUUAUCAUCAGUAUAAUCGUGCUAAUUGUAAUGCAGUGCUCCAAAUCUACAGACUAUUCCUCCAAAUAUUUACAAGACACAAAAUACGACGGGACACUGUGUCACAGCAUCCAGUACAGAUCUGGAGAUAAGAGCUACAUGUUAGUUGGACCCAGAAUGAGUAUCGGUUCUGAUAUACAUCCGGCCAGUAAUCGGAAUACUCUAUUGGUACCAGAUCGCAGGAGUAGGCCUUCUAAUGCGGUAAGGCUAUAA